UGUGACAUUUAUUUCUAUGUCCCUGAAAGAGAGACGUGGGAGGAGUGCGCUCACAGAGAGGUGUUAGAGGAAGCAGGGGUGCAUUUGGUGAACAUCCGCUUUGCAUCAGUGGUGAACUCCAUCCGCCUGGAGGAUCAGUACCACUACGUCACUAUAAUCAUGCAAGGAGUACUGGACAGGAAGAAGUCAGGAGAGCCAGAGAACAUGGAGCCGGAGAAGAACGAGGGUUGGACAUGGACACAGUGGGACCAGUUUCCUCCAGAGGAUCAGCUCUUCUUGCUGCUAACCGGUCUGAGACAACAGGGCUUUCACCCAUUCAGGACCACAGUAACAAACACUGAGCCAUGAAACUGCUGUUACACUGGGAAACUUUUGUCCCCUACACUAAAAGAUAAAACACACUUACCUCUUUAUGUUUUCUGUUAUGGUACAUACUGUAACUUUUGCCAAUAGUAUGAACUGUAAAUAUAGUAGAAUAGUUAUGCAUUUUCUAUUUUAGGAAUUCAUGACAUACAGAUUGUCAGCUGUAAAUUCAUUUAGAAUUAAAGUAGAGAAUUUAACACCUAAAAUGAAGUUUAGAUGUUUCUAUUAGCUGUAUAAUUUAAUUUAUAGGCAUCACAAAUGUUCAAAACAAGAAACAGUGAACAUAUUUUUAAUCUGUUUGGGCAAGUUGUUGCUCUUUUGCACCAGAUCAUGUCAGUUAUAUGUCACAAUAAUUAAUGUUAAUUAAAUUGGAUUCUUCGAAUGCAUCAGCUAUUGGCUGCAAUACAUUAUAAGAUAAACAUUUAAGUAUUUAAAGAAACUUUUAGACACAACGGUUUGAUAAUAGUUUAAAGGAUGCA